AUGUCACCACUCUUCACCAUUUCGAUCAAGCCAGAGAAAAAAGCGGAACCACUAGAAGUCCUGAUAGAUUCAGGCGCCACUUCGUCAUUUCUCCAUCCCCGCACCGCGGAAUUACUCCGUCUUCCACUCAUUGACCUCCCCACUCCACGUACCGUCACUAUGCUCGAUGGGUCGAGCCCCCAGGCUGGCAAAAUCUGGAAGAAGGCAAUCCUAACCUUCUCCUUUGAUGGCAAGAAAAUAACAGAAACCUUCCUCAUAUGUAAUACAGGUUCUCACGCUGCCAUCCUAGGAUUGAAAUGGUUGGAAACUCAUAAUCCGGAGAUUGACUGGAACACGCGCACUCUCUCCUUUCCUCAUGUCCCACCGGAACACGUGGCCAUCGCCGAAGAAGAGGAAGCUGACAAGAACCCCCUUGAAGGAGUACCCUCCAAGUACCACCAAUACGCUAAGGUAUUCGGAGAAGAAGAAUUCAACAAGCUACCUCCCCACCGGCAUUACGACAUUGGAAUCAAACUAACAGAAGAAGGACCCCUGAACUCGCCUCUCUACAGCAUGACUGACGCUGAAUCCGCCACACUCAAGGAUUGGCUCAGGGACAAGCUCAAAGCAGGCAAAAUCCGGCCUAGCAAGUCCUCCAUUAGUUCCCCCGUUAUGUUUGUCCCAAAGAAGGAUGGUUCCCGUCGCUUGGUAGUAGAUUACCGUUGCCUCAACAACCGGACCAAGAAAAACGUCUACCCACUUCCCCGUCCUGAUGACCUCAUGGCCCAGCUCCGCGGCGCCAAGGUCUUCACCAAGCUAGACCUAAGAUGGGGUUACAAUAACGUCCGGGUUAAGGAAGGUGACAAGUGGAAAACUGCCUUCCGCACCAAAUAUGGGUUGUAUGAGUCCCUGGUUAUGACCUUUGGUUUAACAAACGCCCCCGCCGCCUUUCAGCACUUCAUGAACGAAUUGUUCAAAGACUUAUUGGAUGUAUGCGUCAUCAUAUACUUAGAUGACAUCCUGAUUUACUCCAAGGAUGACGCGUCCCACACCCAACACGUCCAUGAGGUCCUACGGCGCUUACUAGAAAACCAAUUGUUUUGCAAAGCCUCGAAAUGCACUUUCCACGUCACUUCCGUGGAAUACCUUGGGAUUAUUGUCUCCAAUAACGGGUUUAGUCUGGAUAAACUCAAGAUCCAGGCAGUACAGGAUUGGCCGGUACCCACUAAAGUCAAGGAAGUCCAAUCAUUCCUAGGGUUUGCUAAUUUCCUUUGCCGAUUUGUUGCCAACUUCAGUCAUAUGGCUAGGCCGCUACACAACCUAGUGAAAAAGGACACGCCGUGGAAAUGGGGCACCAAGGAACAGGAAGCUUUCCAGGGACUGAAGGACGCCAUCACCAACGCCCCGGUCCUUUGUCACGCCGAUCCCUCCAAACCGUACUUUCUAGAGACAGACGCCUCAGGGGCCGCCCUUGGAUCCAUACUGAGCCAACGACAAGAAGACGGACGAUUGCACCCCUUAGGCUUCCUAUCCGAGUCAUUCAAGGGAGCCGAGCAAAAUUACAAUACACAUGAUAAGGAGCUCCUAGCAAUCAUCCGCUCCUUCGAGUAUUGGCGUAUAUUCCUGGAAGGCACUACGCAUCCUAUCACCGUCUUUACUGAUCAUUGGAACCUGGAGUACUGGAGGGAGUCUAGAACCUUUAACCGCCGCCAUGCACGCUGGCACCUCCUCCUGGCUGGGUAUAACUUUCAAAUUGUGUACCGCCCCGGCAAGCAAUCCGGUAAACCAGAUGCCCUGUCACGCCGAUCCGACCAUGCCGACAUUCCACCCGCCGCCCAGACCAUGCUCCCAGACCCUGUCUUCGCCAACGUAGCCCUAGUAACGCCCGAAAAGGAACUUCAACGACAGAUUGAGUCAUCCUUAGACCAAGACGAGUCCCUGGAGGAAAUCCUCCAAUUCUUACAGAACGAAUCUAAGGCUCCACCCUCAAUCAAACGCGCCUUCAAGGACUACGAGAUGGAAGCAGGCCUACUAUUUUACCAAGGGCGGAUUGUGGUUCCUGACGUUGGCACCCUGAGAACGGAUUUGCUUCGUAUUUUCCACGACAGUCCACUGGCCGGGCACCCUGGGAGGCAACGAACGUUGGAACUGAUCUCCAGAAACUACUAUUGGCCCGGCAUCCGCGCUGACACCUAUUGGCACGUGGAUUCUUGCGAAACCUGUCAACGGAUCCGCAAACCCAAGUACGCUUCUAUCCCCCCACAGCCUUUGGAACUUCCCACGCGACCUUGGCAACAUGUAUCCUAUGAUAUGAUCGUAGAUCUACCCAAGGACGGAACCAAUGAUUCCAUCCUGGUAAUUGUUGACAGCUUCACCAAGUACGGGAUCUUUGUCAAAUGUUCCAAGAAACUGAAGGCCCCAGAAUUGGCGGAACUAUUCCUAGAACACGUGUGGAAACGUCAUGGUAUGCCUGAAAAAACGGUCUUGGAUAGAGGGAGGGUCUUCAAUAAUAAAUUCCUGAAGGCACUGUACAAACGCCUAGGAAUAGACCCCCACUUCUCAUCGGCAUAUCACCCACAGAGUGACGGUCAAACCGAGCGGGUCAAUCCUUCAAUCGAACACUUCCUCAGGGCUUACUCAGGGAUCAACCAGCGGGACUGGACUAAGUGGCUUCCAAUGGCGGAGUUUGCGUAUAACAACGCCGUCCAUAGCAGUACGGGUAAAACCCCCUUUAAAGCCCAGUAUGGGUGGGAACCAACCUUAACCCCGUCCAACGUACCAACGGACGUCCCAGAAGCAGACGAUCUGGCCCAAACAAUGGAGGCCCAGUGGAAAGAGGUAGAAUCUGCCCUCCGGCAAUCUAAACAACGAAUGGUAGCCGGGGAAGAUGGUAACCCAACGGAGUUCGAUGUCGGAGAGGAAGCAUGGCUCGAUGCUAAGAACGUUAAUCUCAAAACCCUAAGCCCCAAACUCACAGAACAACGCUUGGGACCGUUCAAAGUCAUUGAGAAGAUCUCCGACCGCGCGUACCGCCUUGAACUCCCUCCUACCAUGAGGAUCCACAACGUCUUUUAUGUAGGACUCCUGUCUAAAGUCAAGAGGGACAAAAAACGGACAUUUGAGAACCGCCCGCCACCAGUCACCGUGGACGGAGAAGAGGAAUACAAGGUCGAAGGAAUCACCAAUGCCGAAGAAAGGGAUGGGAAAUGGUUUUUCCGAGUCAAAUGGAAGGGGUACGGGUCCGAGGAGAACACAUGGGAACCUUGGGAAAACUUAAAAAAUGCGGAAAAAAUUUUAGAAAAAUACGAAAAAGAUAUGAAGAAGAAGGCCCUUGGCGCUGCCAAGGCCCUUAGAGGGGGGGCAGUGUCGUAG